AAUAGGUUGAUUAGAGAGCAGCGGCUGUCCAGUGUUCUCCAGCUGCACCAACCAGCAGAGCUGCACCAGCGCUUCCUCAGACCAAAGGAGUGAGGACACCAACAUGGAGAUGAAGAGUAUCCUGAAAACCUCUAAAAGAGUGGGCAUUCUGAAGGUGGGUGAGAGCCGCAGCACCCAGAGCAGCUCCAUCGGGGCCGUACGCUGGACCCUGCCCGAGGAGGACGUCCAGACUCACAGCUCGGCCCCCAGCCGACCCGCCAGCAACCUCCCCAAAAACUCCCAGCAACAUCCUCGUAAGAACAGCCUGAUGGAUCUACGUAGCCUGCAGGAGUGUGUGCAGUUCAUCCAUCACUGGAAGAAACAAGUGGACCAAGUCUGCAAGCAGAGCAGUGGGAAUCCAGAGGAGCUCAGCAGUAAUGAAGAGGUCCAGAGUCCAGACGGGUGUACUGAGUGCAGUCUCGAGGAGAGCAGGAAACUGAUCCUGGAGUGGGCUGACGAACUCCACCAUGUUGACGAGCGCCUGAAGGAGACGCCCUGUGCAUCAGAGAGGGAAGAAACUGAAGAAGAGGAUGCCGAUGAGGAGGCCCAACAGAGGAUCGUGGUGUGGGCACAGGAGCUCCAGAAGGCGACUGAGAGUUGUGGUGUGCAAAGUGACGAGCUGGGCAAAGUGUUGCGUCUGCUGAGCCUGAAGAAGAAACGGCUGGUCAACCUGCUGCCUCUGCUGGAGUUCAUCACCUGGUCUCUGCUCAAAGAAGACAGCAUGAAAAUGAUUCCACAGUUAUGGUUACUGGCAAAGCAAAGGACCUGGAAAGCAGGAAUUCCAAGAUACAUCCCCAACUCAGUCUGGAGUUGGAUUUGUAGCGCAGCAACUGAUGUGCUUCUCGACCCCACGACCAACCACCCCUGGCUGCUGCUGUCCGAGAGCCAGCGUAUGGUGCAGGAGGGCAUCUCAGCGUCCGACCUGCCGUCCAGCUCCCAGCGCUUUGACAGCUGGCCCUGUGUGCUGGGCUGUAAGGGCUUCAGCAGCGGCCGCCACUACUGGGAGGUGGACAUAGCUAACAAAGGCUACUGGCGCGUGGGACUGACCACCGCCGACUCCAAGCGUCACGGUCGGUUCCCCAUGACCCCAAAAUUGGGCUACUGGGCCCUGUGGCGCAGCACGAGCCAGUUCUAUGCCUGCACCAAGCCAGAGACUUCACUACCCAUCAGCCUCAUUCCUCGACGUAUGGGUAUUUACCUAGACUACGAAGAGGGCCAGCUCUCCUUCUACAACACAGAAACAAAGUCCCACAUCUACACCUUCACUGAGAACUUCACCGGGACGCUCUAUCCUCUGUUCGCCCCACUAGAUGGGCGCACACGCAUCACCAUACAGAAUACAAACACUGAGGGUGGUGAGCCUUAAAAACUCCUUUUGGACGCUUUGAAGAAUGCACUUUGACUUGAGCAAAAAUUGCUUUGACCAAAAAAAUACUAAAACAAAAUCUGCACGAAGACGAAGAAGAAGAUUUCUAUGAAAAGUGGUGUCAUCAGUUAGAUUUAAAUUCAUUGGAAAGCACAAGCUCUGACUUUAUCAAAGUGCUGAUGAUAUUGUUAAUGAUGAUCAGAUCACAGAUCCCAUCACUCU